GCCACCGCCUCCUCCACCUCCCGAAGCUGGGUCCACCUCCGCCGCCUGUGGCGUAGCCGGACUGUGCGUCGGGGCCAGCCAGAGAGGGGCGGAGGUCCGGAGCCCGGUCUAAGCCCGAGCGGGGGGCCAUGGAGAAAGCGGCCCGAGGCGCUCUCCACACCGAUUAAGCGGGCCCGUUGCGGCUGCAGGCGCCAUGGACCGAGCCCCAGCAGAGCAGAAUGUCAAGCUGUCAGCUGAGGUAGAGCCAUUUAUUCCCCAGAAGAAGAAUCCUGAAACAUUUAUGAUCCCUAUGGCACUCCCAAAUGAGAAUGGAAAUGUUUCUGGUAUAGAACCAACUCCAAUUCCCAGCUACUUGAUUACUUGUUAUCCAUUUGUGCAGGAAAACCAAUCCAAUAGACAGUUUCCAUUAUAUAACAAUGAUAUACGAUGGCAACAGCCCAGUCCAAACCCUGCUGGACCAUACCUUGCCUACCCCAUUAUACCUGCUCAGCCACCUGUUUCUACAGAGUAUACAUAUUAUCAGCUGAUGCCAGCACCAUGUGCCCAAGUUAUGGGUUUUUAUCAUCCUUUUCCUACACCUUACUCCAACACCUUUCAGACUGCAAAUACUGUAAAUACUAUAACCACAGAAUGCACUGAACGUCCAAAUCAACUUGGACAAGUCUUCCCGUUGUCCAGUCAUAGAAGCAGAAACAGUAACAGAGGACCAAUGGUACCAAAACUUUUACAACAGCACAUAAAAAGCAAAAGGCCACAGGUGAAAAAUGUAGCUACUCAGAAAGAGACAAAUGCAGCAGGUCCUGAUAAUCGAUCAAAAAUCGUGCUUCUGGUAGAUGCUUCACAGCAAACCGAUUUCCCGUCAGAUAUCGCUAACAAGUCUCUCUCAGAGAGCUCUGCCCCGAUGCUCUGGAAGUCCAAAGGCAGGAGGAGAAGAGCAUCCCACCCUACUGCCGAAUCUUCUAGUGAGCAGGGAGCUAGUGAAGCUGACAUUGACAGUGAUAGUGGCUACUGCAGUCCCAAACACAGCAACAACCAGCCCACUGCAGGGGCUUUACGAAAUCCUGAUUCUAGCACCAUGAAUCAUGUGGAAUCAUCUAUAUGUACAGGUAGUGUAAAUUGGUCCAGUGUAACUUGCCAGGCAACUCAGAAAAAACCUUGGAUGGAAAAAAAUCAGACAUUUUGUAGAGGUGGAAGGCAGAUUGAACAAAGAAAUUCACAGGUUGGAUUCAAAUGCCGAGGACAUAGUACUUCCUCAGAAAGAAGACAGAGUUUGCAGAAGAGACAAGAUAAUAAGCAGUUAAAUCCCAAUCAGUCUCAUAGAAGUGACCCAAAUUCUGAGUCUUUAUAUUUUGAGGAUGAAGAUGGAUUUCGAGAACUAAAUGAGAAUGGAAAUGCUAAAGAUGAAAAUAUUCAACAGAAACUUUCUUCAAAAGUAUUGGAUGACUUACCUGAAAACUCACCAAUCAAUAUAGUUCAGACUCCAAUUCCCAUUACAACUUCAGUUCCUAAACGUGCAAAAAGUCAGAAGAAGAAAGCUUUAGCAGCAGCCCUUGCCACAGCUCAAGAAUAUUCAGAAAUAAGUAUGGAGCAAAAAAAAUUACAGGAAGCUUUAUCAAAGGCAGCUGGAAAGAAGAGUAAAACACCUGUGCAGCUAGAUUUGGGGGACAUGUUAGCAGCUCUGGAGAAACAACAGCAAGCUAUGAAAGCACGGCAAAUGACUAAUACCAGACCUCUGUCGUACACAGGUGAUGCUGUCAGUCUGAGUAAUUUGCUCUUUGGCUUUGUGGUCACUGCAGCUUCUUUUCACACUAAAGAUUCUACUAACAGAAAACCUUUAACCAAAAGUCAGCCCUGUUUGACAUCCUUUAAUUCUUUGGACAUUACUUCCUCUAAAGCAAAAAAAGGAAAAGAGAAGGAAAUUGUAAAACUAAAACGGCCCACAGCACUUAAAAAGGUUAUUUUGAAAGAAAGAGAGGAAAAGAAGGGCCGUUUAACUGUGGACCACAAUCUUUUGGGAUCUGAGGAACCAAUAGAAAUGCACUUAGAUUUUAUUGAUGAUUUGCCACAGGAGAUUGUUUCCCAGGAAGAUACUGGACUGAGCAUGCCCAGUGAUACUUCACUCUCUCCAGCAAGUCAGAACUCUCCGUACUGUAUGACACCUGUGUCACAAGGCUCUCCAGCUAGUUCUGGGAUAGGCAGCCCAAUGGCGUCUUCAACAAUAACCAAAAUCCACAGCAAAAGAUUCAGAGAGUAUUGUAAUCAGGUUCUUUGUAAAGAGAUUGAUGAAUGUGUGACUCUUCUUCUUCAAGAGCUUGUCAGUUUCCAGGAACGCAUCUAUCAAAAAGAUCCUGUAAGAGCAAAAGCGAGGAGACGGCUGGUUAUGGGUCUGAGGGAGGUUACCAAACAUAUGAAGUUAAACAAGAUCAAGUGUGUUAUAAUUUCUCCAAACUGUGAAAAAAUCCAGUCAAAAGGUGGCCUGGAUGAGGCUCUCUAUAAUGUCAUAGCCAUGGCACGGGAACAGGAAAUUCCUUUUGUGUUUGCCCUUGGAAGAAAAGCUCUGGGACGCUGUGUGAACAAGCUGGUUCCUGUUAGUGUAGUGGGAAUCUUCAACUACUUUGGUGCCGAGAGCCUAUUUAAUAAGUUAGUAGAACUCACUGAGGAAGCCAGGAAAGCCUAUAAGGAUAUGGUUGCAGCAAUGGAGCAAGAGCAGGCGGAGGAAGCCUUAAAGAACGUGAAGAAGGUGCCACACCACAUGGGGCAUUCCCGGAAUCCCUCAGCAGCAAGCGCCAUUUCCUUCUGCAGUGUUAUUUCUGAGCCCAUCUCUGAAGUAAAUGAAAAGGAAUAUGAAACAAAUUGGAGAAACAUGGUGGAAACUUCAGAUGGACUGGAAACAUCAGAAAAUGAGAGAGAGGUUUCCUGUAGACACAGCACAUCUGAAAAAUCCAGUAAACUUCCAUUUGAUACAGCCCCUGUUGGUAAGCAGCCAUCUUUAGUGGCCACAGGCAGUACUACCUCAGCUGCAAACCCUGGGAAAUCAGCAGUGAAUGAGAAAGAGGAAGUGAAGCCUGAUGACCUGGAAUGGGCCUCGCAGCAGAGUACCGAGACCGGCUCUCUGGAUGGUAGUUGCCGGGAUAUUUUGAAUUCCUCCAUCACCAGCACCACCAGCACUCUUGUACCUGGCAUGCUUGAAGAAGAGGAGGAUGAAGAAGAGGAGGAGGAGGAGGAUUAUACCCAUGAACCCAUAUCUGUAGAAGUACAGCUCAAUAGUAGAAUUGAGUCUUGGGUCUCUGAGACCCAGAGAACAAUGGAAACUCUUCAGCUUGGGAAAACCCUUAAUGGUUCUGAGGAAGACAAUGCAGAGCAAAGUGGGGAAGAGGAAGCAGAGGUGCCUGAGGUGCUGGAGCCAGGGAUGGACAGUGAGGCCUGGACUACUGACCACCAAGCAAGCUUGGAGCAGCAGAAGCCCAGCAACUGCAGCUCUCUGAACAACGAGCACUCCGAUUCUAAUUAUACACCCCCAGACAUCUAACUCAGGAAAUGUCCGCUUCUCUCUCCAACCGUGUAAGGGUUACAGCCAUUAUCUUUUAUGCUUCAUCUCAACAUUUUGCACUGUCCAAUAUUUAAUAUAUGUAUUUAAUUCCUGACAGAAAUAUUUUUGUAGCUGUCUUUUACUUGUUUUGUUAUGAUCUAUAGCUUAGCUUUUAAUUAGCAUCUAAGUGUCUUUCUAAGAACUGUGGGAAAUUCAGAAUUGUUUCAGCUUAUUUUGUUAUAGAAAAUAAUGAUUUAAAAAAGAACAAGAACAAGUUUUGAAGAAAAUAAAUUUAAAGUAUUUAUUGAGAGUCAUUUGGAAAGUUAAAAAUCAAGAUUUUAAGGAUAAGAGCAGUUAUCAAUGUUUGCUUCAAGACUACCCUUCUUUCACUCUAACCUGUCUGGCCAAAAUAUUUGGGCUUCUUCAAAAAAGACAGGAGAAUUAGAAAACUUAAAAAAAACAGAAGCUGAGCAUAAGUUAGUUCCCAAAGUGUUUUGUGUUAAGAAUUGAUGCAACUGUUUUUGGUCCACAAAUGCUCUUUUCAGAAGUCACUGAUCAUAAUAACCGAUCAAAGUUGGGAUGGGCUAACACAGCCUCCAGUAUGUGGGUUGGCACGAUUAGAGUUGGCCUCAUAUAGGAAGAUGAUAGAUGUUGUAUUUAAUUGUGAAAAGUUACCCAUGAUAGGACCUUCCAGGUUCUGUCUCAGAUUUGCUGCUUACCUCAGGAAUGCCUUUGUACAUACUCAUAUUUACAUAAAGUUAGGCAAAUUUUGAUAUUGAAUAACUGAUUGUAUGACUGCAGCUUUUAAUUGGUAAUGAUUCAGAAACAAUGUCUUAUACUGGUGUAUUCUUUUGCAUGCUUCUGAUUCAGGACUCUAACUUUGAGAUAGGGAUUUGAUGGGGUAUCCAAAUUUGUCCUGAGUAAGAAACCAUUUCAUCUUUUUUGAAAUAUAUGUAUUUUGCCUCUAGCCUCAAGCACUUGCCAUGUAACACUAACCAUAGUUACUGAUAAGAGGUCAGGGAGAGAAACUUUACAUUACUUAGUACGUAUGUCCUGAUAAUCAAGGCUUGGAAGAGGAAGUUUUGAAGAGCAAGUUGUUCUAAUUGUGCUGAAAUUAUCAGAUGAUUUAGAGUAUGCAGCUGUACACAGGUAUUAAUACUUGAUCAUUAUUAUUUAUCCCUGCCCUUCUCUAGGAAUGUGUAUACCUGCUGGGAGAAAUACUGAGCUAAAUGUUUUAUUUGCUAGUCAGUCACCACCUGGUAAUGGUGACCUUGACAAGUUUAUGUAAUGGUGGGAGAAUUACAAAUUACCUAUUUUCUGUCUUCCCUCCAACCCACCCCCAACUGACCAACAGGCGCACAGACACCCCAUCUUUACGCUUACAAGCUCCCAAAAGCAGGCACAAAACUAAGGAGGGAGGGGUAUUUUCCCUGCCCUGGUUUUAUAGGGUGGGCUUUGCCUCACAGAGGCAGGAGGAGAGAAUUGGGCAAUUCUUUACUGAACUCAUUGGGACUACUGUGCUAGUUUUAAUGUUUUAUAACGCUGGCAUUUAAUUACUAGAGAGAUCAGAUUCUUGAUUGAUGAUUUAGUAUUUAUGAAUUGUGCAAGUUGAAGAGCGUUGCUAUGUAGAAAAUGUCAGUCAGUCAACUUUAUUAGUGUGCUAAAAGGGGAAGUUAUUCUAUUGUCCUGUCUAAACUUCUCCAGAAUAGACUCCUUAAGCACAAAGUAUCCAGUACUUAAAGGAACACAACAUGUAAGGAAUGAAGCCUCUGAAAUAAAAUCAUGGAUUUGUAUGUGGCAGAUCUUACUGUCCCUACACAUUUGGAAGUGUUAGGUGGUUUAAAGAAAUGAUAGAGUUUUUGAACUACUGACAAUCUUAAAAACGAACUUAAAAGCUUUUCAUACUUUUUAAUGGUGUAAAUUUCCUUUGUUCGGUGUCAGUGAUUCAGUAACUCUUGAUCAUGGUAAGGGCUUUUCAAAGGUUUCUUAUAUUUUAUAUCUCUUCUGAGUGAGAAUUCUCAUUUUAGAUUUUUGACAUUUGUAUCAAAAGAGAGGUUGAGGAAAUCUUUGGAACACUCAUAACUUUUCAUUUUGCUGUAGACGUUAGACGUGUUUAAUUCCUUGUCUGAUAGACGCUCCUGCACGUGCAGCAUCUUCUGCCAGCAAACCCCAGGGACCACAGCCUUUUUUAUAUGACACAGGCCACCUCUAGCGGACAGCCCACAUUUAUUAAAGGAAAUGUUGUUAUGUUGAACUUAUGCUAAAUAAAUAUUAAUAAUGUCUUUAUAAUUUGUUUCCUUUAGAUAAAUUCUGGGAUGUGUACAUUAUAUACAGGAGGAGGUGUGAAAAUUAAGGAAGUGGGUUUUUUAUGGAUCUGGGGUGAGUGCCUCUUUGGAGACCUUGAGUAAGGGUUUAUCAUCACAAGAAAUAAAAAAGUGAUUUUUUUUUUUUCUUAGUGUACAGAGGUGGUUUUACUGGCAACAAUUAACAUUAGAUUUCUACUUCAAUAUAUAAGUAUCUGAAUUACAAUAUGAAUUGCACUCCCAAAACUAGAUUUCUGCUUCAGUAGGUUUGUUUACUGUGAAGAUUACUUCUAAAAAGACAAAUGUUCAUAUUAGCUUAAGUUUUGGUUUAAAUAUAUUUGUAAAUGAUGUAAUAUAUUUCUUUUGACUAAACAUGGGAAAAAUAAUCUGUUAUACAUUGAAAAGUUUUUAAAGGCUUUGACUGGAGGUCAUUUUUGCAGAGAUGGUAUUUUAUAUGCUUCCAGUAUUUGGAAAAGAAUUAGUCAAAAGGAAUUUACAUAGUUUAAAUAUUGAGAAAUUAAUAUCCAAAUAAUGUACUUGUCUGAUUUCUUAAUAAACUGGGGGAGGUGGGGAGGGUGGUAAUUGUAAUGUGCAAAUGAGUAGUGAACUCUACAUUCAUUUUCUUCUCUUUAACAUAAAACUUAAAUCUCAACACAUCGUUACUUUAAUACAUGUAUAAAUAAGUGUUACUGUUUGUAAAGCUGCUGUUUGCUUAAAAAACCUGUCAUUUAAGUAUUUUCUGUGUGUUGUGCCAACAGGUUAGAACAUUAACUUAUCCAUUUAAAAACUUUAUCUUUUUUUAACUUAAAAUUUUUUUCUGGGAAAUAAUUUAUUUAUAGGCAUCUUCUCCCUCCCUCUUCCAACCUUUAUACACAUCACAGAAUCAACCAAACUGUUUGCCUGAUCUGAAAUCUGAAUCCUCAUCUUAAAUUUUAAACUUGGUUGGCACAUCACACUUUAAAAGUAUUUGUAUUGUUUUGUAAUUUAAUUUCUAAAGAUAUCACAUGAAUUUAUAAUUUAAUGUCUUAAUUGUAAUGCUCUAAUUAAAAACUAGCAAAAUUAGUAUGAAUCAUAACAAAA